UCGAUGAGAGAGAAAAUGUGAAAGAGGAGAGAGCCGAAGGUUGAAGACAGUGUUUCUCUUAUUGGAUCAACAUUGGACAGCUUCAAUACGUCUGGUGAGAUGUUGCCUGUUUUCAGGGAUCUAAAGGUAGCACCUCUUUUUUUACCUCUCACCACCAAGUAUUUUAAGCAUGUGCAUACAGUUAUACACCCUUUUUAUGUACCUAGUAUAAAAUUCUACAGAUGUAGGGUGUAUAUACGUAUGAUAUAAUGUGUUUGGACGUACCUUCAGACAGUACAACUUAUAUAUUAGGCUUAAAAAAAUCCUACAGACCUACGCAUGGCUAAGAAAUCUCGGCAGGUUUUCUUCUACUCACUCCACACUCGCUUAUAAGGCAAGCACGAAGCCGUGAGGUGAGGUACACCAAAGACAAAAGACAAAAGACACGCCUCUCCAUUUCGCACCUAUCCACUUCCUCCCGCUGAAGCCGCAGCACCAGCACACUCCAAUAGCAUACACCCUUCAUGGGCAAAAGCCCCCACCGCCGGGACAGCGUCGGCGUCGGCGGCCGGCUGAAGCAGCGGGUAGCGCAGAUCCUCAUGCGCUCUUCCUGCACCACCAACACCUCGUCCACCGCCGCCAACUCGGCCACGGCCUUUGUCAGCCUCGCCAAGACCAAUGUCGACACGUACCAGGAAGGGCCACCCUCCCCGUACUUCUGCACCCCCUGCACCUACGAGCGUACCAAGGUUGACGGCGGCAGCCGCCGCCGCCGCAGCGCGUCGCUCGUCCACAUCUCGGUGGACUGCACUGGCGGGGCCGCGGCCACAUCCGGCCGGCGCUCCGUCCAGUCGGACGCGCCCCUUCUGCAGCAUCCAUCAGUGCUGGUACGGGACGUCAAGAAGCAGAGCAAGGGCAGGGGCAAGCCGGCGCGGUCUCCUUCAGCGUCGAGGUGGCAUUGCUCGUCCUCCUCUGCCUCCUGGAGCCGCGCGCGGCGGCCCAGGAGCACACCCGCUCCGUACAGCUGGUCUUCGUCCUCCACCGCGACGGACAACGAACUCGCGCCGUUCAGCAGCGAAGAGGAGGGCGGCGAGGAGGCCGAGACGAGGACGCUCUUCUCGUCCCUCAGCUUCUCGCCCGACUCCACCUCCGAGUUCUACCACACCAACGGCGGCAACAACACAAGGAAGAGCCGCGGGAACGCGACUAGCCGCGCGCCACGGCGCGCAUUGCAAAGGACCACCGACCCAGCCCCAGCCGACGCCUUCCGGCCGCUGGUAUCCGUGGAGACGAAGAAGCAUAGGGAAUGCAACGACAGGAAGAAGGAAGAGAAGGGGGUCAACGUCAAGAAGCUGAUUGGUGCGGAGGAGACCGGCGCGGGCAUGGCGGUGGUGAAGCGGUCGAGCAACCCGUACGCGGACUUCCGGAGCUCGAUGGUGGACAUGGUCGUGGAGCGGCGCAUCGGCAGCGUGGGGCAGAUGGAGGAGCUCCUGGGAUCGUACCUCUCGCUCAACUUGCCGCGCCACCACCCGGCCAUCCUCACCGCCUUCGAGGACGUCUGGGAGGCCGUCUUCGGCGAGGAGUGAGAGCGGCCAGGUGAUCAUUGAGAGGCCUUAUUGGCCAAGCUACUGAACACAGAUAUGGUCGUUGUACGGUCAGUGGAGCAGGCGUGUGUAGAUGCUGGGAAUGGAUCGAUCGACGUGUUACUUUGCAGUUUCAUUGUACUAGUUCGUAUGCACAUGCCAAUGCAUAAACUGGCAUGAUCGUGCCAUUUAAAUGUCGAGGUGCUCAUGUAACGAAUUAGAUACGGAGAUGAUAAUUGAGCGCCUGAGUUUUAUGAAG